AUGGAAGUGUACAUACAAAUGGUAGGGUGUCACAAGUUGGCAGUACCGCCAACCCUGAGGCUAUUUGUGAACGGGGAAUUCACACUGUUUAACUGUGGAGAAAACGUACAAAGAUUUUUGAACGAGCAUAAGUUACAUGUCGUUAAAACUAGGAAUAUAUUUUUUACGAAAAUAAAUCCAGAAACGAUUGGGGGGUUAGUCGGUCUCCUCCUAACCAUAGACAACAUAGCAAAUAGUGACAUAUCCAUUUAUGGACCCAAGCCGAUAGAACAGAUAGUUAACAAUUUCAAAUCCUCCUUUGCGAAACUGAAAAAUAUAAAAUUGCAAGUACACGAAUUUUGUGAAAGUCUUCCUAUAGUUUUAAAGGGAAACGUUGUUAUAACCCCAAUAGUACUACAAGAAAAAGGAGAAAAUGACAUGCCCAAUCAGUGCAUAAAGGAGGUACAUAAUAUUGAAGGUAACAUAGCUCCCGAAUCGAAUGACUCGCAUCGUGAGGGAAUGAACCCCUCACGUGAAGGGGGCACAGUAAAGCAUGGCUCGUCUGGUGAAAGUCGUUUGGAUAAUUUUAAGAGGAGGAGGAUGGAAGGAGGGUGCAUCCCGAAUGGAGACAAUCACCAGAGUGGCCACAAAAAUGGCGAAGCAGACAAGGAAAAUACCCCAAGUGGAGAAUAUCCCCUAAAGGACACUCCAAAUGGAGAAUAUCCCCCUAGAAUCCUCCCCGAUGAAGGAAUCCCUAAGGGAAAUCACCUAGAUGAGGAGCUUGUUCACCAAGAAAGAUGCCUCAUCACUACACAAGACGAACGGUAUGACAAAGGUACCAAAGCAGAGAAGGCACAAAUUAAGAAAAAGUUCAGCACCAUUUGCUAUGCAAUUGAGUGUCCUCAAACAAUUGGAAAAUUCCACGUCGAGAAGGCAAAGAGAUUAAAUAUUCCACCAGGAAAAUACUAUGGAAUACUAAAAUCUGGAAGAUCCAUUACGUUAAAUGAUAAAGUAAUAAAGCCUGAAGACGUGUGCGAUAAAAACAUAGACGGAAGGAAGGCACUAGUCAUUGAUGUAGAGGAUGCUGUUGAUGUAAAAUAUUUGUUGGAGGAAUUUGCUAGUGAGGGAAAUUCUUAUUUAAAAAAUUUGCAGUACAUUUUUCAUUUAUCUGGAGAAGAAAUUACGAAUAUGGACAAUUAUAAAAAUUUUUUUUUAAGUUUGAAAAAUGUGAAAAAUAUUAAGUGUAAUCAAUCAAAUACUUCUUUGAAAGUAUGUCCAUUUGUAUCCACAGCAUCAUUGAACAACUUCCUUUCUAAAUUAUUGCCUACCAUUUUUUUGAAGUACAAAGCGGACACCCCCCUGUACGAACUUUGGCACGCAUCAGCGGAUGAUGCUGAUGAGGAUGGGAGGGAAAGGGGAAAAUUGGCUUCACCUGCAAAGGAGGAUGGACCCACAUGUCAAAUAGGGAAUUCUUCCCAAAAGGCGAGUGCUUCAUAUGGUCCUACCGCGGGAGAUCCAAAAGAGGUAAAGGAGGAAGUGAAUGGGCGGGUGACGGAAGAAGUGAAUGGGCGGGUGACGGAAGAAGUGAAUGGGCGGAUGACGGAAGAAGUGAAUGAUGAGGUAAAUAACGAGGUAAAUGCCGAGGUGAAUGAUGAGGUAAAUAACGAGGUAAAUGCCGAGGUGAAUGAUGAGGUAAAUAACGAGGUAAAUGCCGAGGUGAAUGACGAGGUAAAUGACGAGGUGAAUGACGCAAAAGACCAAGUGGAGAAAGACGCAGCGAAACAAACAGAAUGCGAACAAGGCGAUUCCUAUCUUGUGUACAACCCGCUGUGCAAAUUUAUUCUGCACCCGUUUCACAAAGUUAGCAUAAGCACGGACGAAAUGCUGCGCGAAUUAUAUCCAACUAUUUUUAAUUCUGCAAAAAUAUCCAACGUAUUAAGGAAUAAUGAAGAAUUACUAAAUCGAUUUGAACAUUUUAAUAAUAAAGCAACGCAGAGUUACUUAAAAUAUCCUUCCUUUUAUUUUCUCGGUACCGGUUGUUCAAUGCCCUCAACAUUUCGAAACGUUUCUGGUAUUAUUUUAAACGUUGAAGAAAAUUUCAGAAUUGUUUUAGACUUUGGAGAGGGCUCUCUCUACCAGUUGUACUGGAUGAGCCAGUCGUGGCUUCACUUUUCCAACACCAUUAAGUCGAUUAAAGUAGUAUUCAUUUCGCACGCACACGCAGAUCACCACAUGGGACUUUACUACCUACUUCAUAUGCGCAGACUCCUCUUUCCACACCUCGAUGACCCCCUCAUAUUGAUCCCGUCAACACUAAAAAGUUGGAUGAAUUUAUUUAAUGAACUUUUUUUUGACAAACCAGUGAACGUGUUGUACAAUGAAGAAAAUUUGGAAGUAAAGGAAAAAGUGGGAGAUGACGACAGCUUUGUAUUUCUCCGCCCUUUUAAGGUUAAGCAUGUUAAAGAAUCCUAUGGCAUAAAAAUUGAAGGUAAAAAUAUCGGUUCCGUGGUUUAUUCAGCGGACACAAGACCAUGCGAUAAUGUUAAAACUUUCUCCAAAAAUUGUGACAUUUUGAUACACGAAGCCACCUUUGAUGACGAAUUGCUGGACGAGGCCAUUUAUAAAAACCACUCUACAACACAUGAGGCUAUGCAAAUAAGUCUAGAGGUCGAGUGUAAAACGCUAAUACUAACUCAUUUCAGCCAAAGGUAUCCAAAGGCACCGAAAUUAAACAAGUCCUCUUCCUCCGAAAUUAACGAAAUUAUGAAUAAAACAAUUUACAGCUUCGACUACAUGUGCAUUCCUUUAAAUUUAAUAAACGAAUUACCUCAUUAUUUCAGCAUUCUAUUAAAUUUAUUGGAAAAAAUAUUCUAA